UAUAAUUAUGUGAUGUUAUAGGGGUGUACAUGCAAAAAUAUCCUUGUUUGAUACCAAGUUAUCCUUGCCCUUCAAUGGAAGAGCCAAGCUCCAAACAGAGAACAACAAUGGUGGUAGGGGUUCUCUUCUCCCCACUCUCCUCCCUCUGUACACCGUCUUCUCUCGCUGCAACCCCACCCUCACAUCCCUCACCAUUGCUCAACAUCCCCUCCAUCUCCUUCUCCACUGACAAGCGCCGCCGUUCCACCUCUUUCCGCUGCUCCGUGCACGGUUCCACCGCCAGAACCUCUUUCCCCACUCCCGAGAACUCUGAAAGUUGGGACUCUGAGGAUUACCAGAUCUUCCUCAAAGGCGGCGACCAGGUCAUCUCUGUCCUCCAGGAGAUGCUCAAGCUGCUUGAAGACAUGGAUAUGGAUGAGGACUCGGAGAAGGCGGCGGUGCAGGUGGUGGCACAGGGAGUGGUGGGCAAGAGAGUGGAUGAGAUGGAGACUGGAUUUAUGAUGGCUCUUGACUACAUGAUUGGCGUUGCUGAGAAGGAUGGGGAUGAUCAGCGCAAGUCUCUUUUGGAGGUGAUCAAGCAAACAGUCUUAGACCAUCUUACCAAGAAGUGCCCCCCACAUGUUCAAGUGAUUGGCCUACUUUGCCGAACUCCUCAAAAGGAAAGUCGGCAUGAAUUAUUGCGUCGGGUAGCUGGAGGUGGUGGUGUGUUCAAAGGCGAAAACAGCACCAAGGUUCAUCUCCCCGGAGCAAAUCUGGAUGACAUAGCUAAACAAGCUGAUGAUUUAUUGGAGACAAUGGAAGCCAGACCCACUAUUCCAGAUAGAAAACUCCUUGCAAGACUUGUGUUAAUCAGAGAGGAAGCCCGGAAUAUGAUGGGUGGCGGGUUACUAGAUGAGAGAAAUCAUCGUGGUCUUAGCACAUUGCCUGAAGCUGAGGUGAAUUUCUUGAGCAAGUUGGUGGCCUUGAAACCAGGAAAACGUGUCCAAGAAAUGAUCAGUAAGGUGAUGCAUGGGAAAGAUGAAGGUGCUGACAACAAUUUCAAUUUAGAUGAAGAUCUUACAGAGGAACAGCGGACGGUGGGCGGGAUAGCAGGAAGAGGAAGUGUUUCAGGUCGUAAAGCACGGCCUGUUCGUCCGGGCAUGUUCCUGGAGACUGUUUCCAAGGUCUUGGGUGGAAUCUAUUCUGGCAAUGUAUCAGGUAUAACAGCACAACAUCUAGAGUGGGUUCAUCAGAAGACCCUUCAAAUUCUUCAAGAAAUGGCCUUCUAAUUCCAUAUCGAUAGUCGUUACCCGAGAGAGAGCUCAGUGCUUCUCCCUGACCUUGUGGUUCAUGAAGUAAAACAGUUCCCAAACCAAGCAAAGCAGUUGGUAAAUAAUAUUCAUCAUCUAAAUUCAUGUCAACACAACCAUAUUUGCUGAUCAUUAACCACAUGUGUGUUCUUGCCCAAAGGCCCUGUGCCAAAGUUCAGAAAUCAGUAACUGUAGCUGAUCUAAUGGUCUGUUUGAAUACUGUGGAUUCUUUGGCGGACUUGUACUGCUUUAGGUUUUGUCUUGUCUCUGCCAGACAUGCCUACCCAACAGCAGCAGAUAGUGUUAUUGAAGCCCAUGAGAAGCUUCAAUAAGACUAUAUCUUAUAUGAUAUGCAAUGUCCCUGUUGAAGAUAACAAGGAGGCCCAAGACUUCAAUCAUAGACCUAUUGCUGCAAAGUAUGUUUAUCAAAUUAGAACUCACUUUGUCUCUUAUAAUGGCACAAAUGUUCUCUUCUAGUUUCUUCCAUCUUUUUUGUUAUAUGCAUGACAUAUCAAGUUGGUAAAAUUAUUGGAAGGUGCCACUUUGUUGUUCCA